AUGGUGCUGCUGCUGAGCUACUACACGUGCCCGGCGAUCCUGGUCGUCGGCCUGCUGUCCAACUUGCUCGCGUACCUGGUGUUCACCAGGACCCACCUGAGGAAGGUGCCGUCCGUGCCGUACAUGGCGGCGAUGGCAGUGGUGGACAGCGGCGCGCUCAUCACAGACUUCAUCCAGAACGGACUGGUGCAGCAUGGGAUUGGCUUGAUCACGUGGGUAAGUGCGAGACUGAAAAAGAAGGGGGGGGAGUAUCGUGUUACUGUCAUGUGAUCAUGUCAAUGAGAAACGUCCCAUAUCGAUACCAUCUCAUACAAGUUAAUAGCUUGAUACUAUCAUAAAAUAACAAGUUUAAAAAAAGGGUUUGGUUGAGGGCGGGGGGGGGGGGGGGUUAGUGCCAUCCACCCCGAGGUUCAAAUUUUUUUUCACUAUACAGGAGCAUUGAUUUUUCAACCAACCGCAGAUUAUUUUCGCUGGGGCUUGGGGGCUGCACUAACCCUAGAUACGCCACUGCACAAAAGUUUAUGUAAUUAGCAUUUUCUAUGGUUUAAAAUGCUCCAAAGUUUUAAAACAAUAAUUGAAAAUUCCAUUAUCGUAUAAAAAAAAAAGCUAUCAUAAACAUUCAAUAAAUAUCAAUAGAAUAAAUUUAAUAAAGUGAAUGUCUGCUAACUGUACACUUAGUCAUUGUCCUGUCUUGUAAAUGCGUACAUUAAAGUCAAUUUGACCAGAUGCCAUUGAGUUAAAGGUGUCCUUUACAUAGUUUGACCAGAAAUAAAAGAUAUGCUUCCUAAAAUAAAGUAUACAAAUAAGAUAUGUUUUUACUUUCUUUUUCGAAAGUAUAGUGCAGUCUCCCCCCCCCCUUAUUUGUAGCUUUCUAACAGACACGGCAUUUUUAGCAUUUAAUACAUACUCUAUGUAUAGCCUUCCACUACACAUUCCAUUUCCAGUUACCCAACUGACCCAAUAACACGUUCACCUUUCUGGCCAAUCCACAGUCGGGUGUCUGCCAGUAUGUGACCUACUUCAACUUCGUCUUCAUCUUCCUCUGCAUCUGGUACCCCGUGGCCUUGUGCGUGGAGAAGUUCAUCAGCGUCUACUGCCCGCUAAGGAAGGCUGCCCUCUGCACACCGUUCAGGGCUAAAGUUGUGGUCAUCGGUAAUAUGGGCGGGACGAAUGACUUUUAG